UCCUCAUAUAAAUAACAGCUAUCACCACCUCUAAUCCUCAGCGUCUCAACUAUUUCUUCCCGACGCAACUUUACUGAUCUUGAAUAUUAGUCUUAUCUUUCGUUCUAAUUUAUCCUCAAUUUAUACGCUGCCCAAUGGAUCUCCUCCUGUUGGAGAAGACCCUGUUAUCCUUGUUCUUAACCGCGGUUGUGGCUAUCACCAUCUCUAAACUUCGCGGCAAGAGGUUUAAGUUGCCUCCCGGACCGAUUCCGGUGCCUGUGUUCGGCAACUGGCUCCAAGUCGGUGAUGACUUGAACCACCGCAACCUCUCCGACCUGGCCAAGAAAUUCGGGGACAUUUUCUUGCUCCGAAUGGGCCAGCGUAACCUCGUGGUGGUGUCGUCGCCGGAGCUGGCCAAAGAGGUGUUGCAUACGCAGGGGGUGGAGUUCGGGUCCAGGACCCGGAAUGUCGUCUUCGAUAUCUUCACGGGGAAGGGACAGGACAUGGUGUUCACGGUUUACGGCGAGCAUUGGAGGAAGAUGCGGCGGAUCAUGACCGUCCCUUUCUUCACCAACAAGGUAGUCCAGCAGCACAGGUCCGGUUGGGAAGAAGAGGCGGCAUGCGUGGUGGAGGACGUGAAGAAUAACCCAGAAGCGUCGAAGACUGGGAUGGUCAUAAGGAGGCGGUUGCAGCUGAUGAUGUACAACAACAUGUACAGGAUCAUGUUCCAUAGGAGGUUCGAGAGCUUGGACGAUCCUUUGUUCUUGAAGCUCAGGACUCUGAACGGAGAAAGGAGUAGAUUAGCUCAGAGCUUUGAAUACAACUAUGGCGACUUCAUUCCCAUUUUGAGACCCUUCUUGAGAGGCUACCUCAAGAUCUGUAAGGAAGUCAAAGAGACUAGGUUGCAGCUCUUCAAGGACUAUUUCAUCGGCGACAGGAAGAAUUUUGGGAGCACGAAGGCCACGGACAACGAAGGCUUGAAAAGUGCCAUGGACCAUAUUGUGGACGCUCAGAAGAAAGGAGAGAUCAACGAAGACAACGUACUUUACAUUGUUGAGAACAUUAACGUUGCUGCAAUUGAAACAACAUUAUGGUCAAUUGAAUGGGGGCUUGCGGAACUUGUGAACCAUCCUGAAGUCCAAAAGAAAGUCCAACAAGAACUUGAUACGGUGCUUGGACCUGGUGUGCAAGUCACUGAGCCCGACCUCCAAAAGCUUCCAUACCUUCAAGCUGUGGUGAAAGAGGUUCUUAGACUCCGAAUGGCAAUUCCUCUGCUCGUUCCGCACAUGAACCUCAAUGAGGCAAAGCUUGGUGGUUAUGAUAUCCCUGCUGAGAGCAAAGUCCUAGUGAAUGCAUGGUGGCUUGCCAACAACCCAUCCCACUGGAAAAACCCAGAAGAGUUUCGACCCGAGAGGUUCUUGGAAGAGGAGUCCAAGGUUGAGGCCAAUGGCAAUGACUUCCGAUUCCUUCCCUUUGGCGUUGGAAGAAGAAGCUGCCCUGGAAUUAUUCUUGCAUUGCCAAUUCUUGGAAUCACUUUGGGUCGUUUAGCACAGAAUUUUGAGCUCUGUCCUCCUCCAGGGCAGUCCAAGAUUGACACCUCCGAGAAGGGUGGGCAAUUCAGUUUGCACAUUUUAAAGCACUCCACCAUUGUCUUAAAGGAAAGAUCGUUUUAAGUAUGUAUUGUAGGCUUCUCUGUGUUUUUUUUUUUUUUCUAUAUGCAAUAGUGUCGAAAGAUGGACAAGGUUUUGAUUAAUGUUGAAUUAAGUUGAAAAUUGUCUUGCAAACAUUGUGUGUGGGACGUGGGAUUGUUAAUAUGUGAACUUCAGAUGGUUCCAAUAAUCUGCAAUUAAUAAAUUUGCUAUCUUUCAUUAGGAGUGUUGUAUGUU